AUGCAAAACACGAGUAUAAACGACCUCUAUGGGGUUUGUCAAGAGUAUCGACGGUGUGCACAAGAAAUAGCACCGUUGAUAUCUACACAACAGGAUUUGGAAGCGUAUUACACGUUGAUUUGGAGUGCUAUACGCGUGUAUCAACGGUUAAAAGAAGAACACCAGUUAAGUACCGAACAAGACGUCAAAAUCACAUUGGAACUAUCUCAACUGUUGGUAGAUGAGACUAAUGAACUGGAUCUAGCGGAGGGGUACCUUUUUGGAGCGAAAGAAAGGCUUCAACAAACGACUUCAUUGCAAGAGAAAAUGGCUAUCGAGUACGCGCUUGCAGAACUGGCUCAAAAACGAGGUACUUCCUCACAUUUGGGCGAUGCAGUCCGAAAUUUGGAAAGUCUUAUUAACGAUUUACAGAAAACUGAGUCUCCGUGGGCUUUGGUGUUCAAAUACAAGCAAAUUGAUAUGUUGGCCAAAACGGCAAAACCGCAGCGGAUCGCGUUAUUGUACAACGAUUUGAUCAAACAAUCUGAACAGUUUAAAGAUUUCUACAUUCUUGUGCUCUCGAAUUCCCUCUGUCAUCAUCUCUCAAAUAAUCUGAGAAUUGACGAAAGCCUCGUUAGAUCCUUCGACGCUGUAAACGACAGGGCUUGUCCAGCAUCUCUCAGCUUAUGGAAAAAGCUUAUCGAACUACUUCUACUCAUUAACAGAGAUGAUAAUAUUGCCAACAAGCUUAUGGAAUUCAAGAAACUGAUCGCGCGUCACAAGUCUAAUUUGAAAAGCACCUACAAUGUUUACCUGACAGACGAAAUCUCGGUUCAAGUGCAUUCUCAAGCGACAAAUUAUCAAGACUUUAAAAACGUGAUCCUGCUGUUUCAGAGCGUAAGCUAUAUUACCAACUGCUACGAUAAAAAGGCCAAUUUCUCUUCCAAGUUUUUACCAAAAGUUCGUGAAGUUGCAGAAGAGCGUCUAUCCUCGAGUUUGCAAGGUGGACUACCGGCCAUUGAAGCUCAAAGGAGCUUCUACGCUAAACUCGUUGAAAUUUCUAAUUUGUACAUCUGCAUCGAAGCGUUAUUACUCGGCGAAACUGUCCCAGAACUACCGGUGCCUGAGCAAUAUCGAGAUCUCUUGCUUGCUUGUAAGCACCAACGGAACUUUGAGUCCAACGAAGCGAUGCAUCUGAUUUCCAAAAACUUAGAAAAGCCACUCGGACCCUCUGUGGAGGUCCGCAUGAUAAUGCUUUGCAACGCGUUUGGAAUGCAUUUAGCCAAGAUGAAUAAAACCGAGGACUCUCUCUCUAUUACUGACUAUGAUGCGACAAAUUCGAUAUGGCAAAAUAUAGAAACGCUUGCCAAAGAUUACGAUUUUGCUGACAAUCACGUUUGGCAAUGUACAUUAGCUUUGUUGUGGGUGAUUGCUCGCUUCCAACCCUUUUCGAACGGUCAUCUCGCGAGCAACAAAGAGGAAGAUUAUCUUGAGAAGGUUAAAUGGUAUUUUUCGAGUAAUAAAAUGGGUGGGGUGAGUGAAACUGGGGAACGAGACUCAGCUUCAGACAAGGGAGGUCGAGAAACAGCGCCGACAUUGAAAAAAUCCGCUUUACUCAGAGUGCUAUUAAACUACGUUGCCGGUUCAAUGUUAGUUCACGAUAUUGAAACUAAAUGCACAAUGUCCAAUGCAUGUUUCCAUCUUUGCGGGCAACAAGACAUGCCUCUCAUGAGUUAUUUGAUCGGAAUUUGGCAUUUGCUAAACUGCGGCAUUGCCAUGCGCAGGAAAGAAGUGGUAAAUACCCGCCAAUCAUUACUAAAAUUAGUCGACCAUCUAGUAAAGAUCAAAGAAUUUGCAUAA